AUGGCUUCCAAGUUGACAAUCAGUGAACAAUAUGUUGAGUGGGAGAUGGGAAUGAACUCGGUGAAGGGUCCGAACGUAGAUGAUGUGAAAUCGUCGGAAGAAGCGACAGACUGGGCCGAGAGAAAAGCCUGGAUGGGAUGGAAGCAGAACGACGAGCAGAGAAUCAGAGGGCAUGCAGCUGCGAUUGUGCUGGAUUGGUUGAGAUACAAUGCUGCUUCGUUCCCAAAGUCUCUGUUCGCCUUCACGUCGGAAGCUGCGCACAUCCUUCCUGUCCCUCUCCCUUCUCAGUCCGUUCCCCUUGGUCCGAAGCUUCACCAGCUCGCCGAGGACACCUUGCAUCGCGGAGCCCAAAGGGAUGAGACCAGUAUGGAGGACUUGUCGUCUCACCGUUAUUUGCUCGACCAGUCGAGCACUGAAGCGCAUGGAUGGGAGCCCGUCACGAGCCAGCGAUGGAGCUCCAAGUCUCCCCGCUGCUCCAGGAGGAGCCGGGCUUCGGACAACAGCCCCGCAGCCACAUGGUCCAAGUCCAGGAGCACGAGAGCUGCCGGGUCGAGGGAGUGUGAGGAGCAUGGAGAUGAUCGCUACGAGAGGAUGAGAGAUUGGAACGUCACGGUGCAAAUCUCUGGUGCUUCACACCAGAAGCGAGCUGGAGGCCGAGCUCACGUUUACUACGGUAUCGACGUGACUGUACAAUUCGGAGAUGAGACGUCGGAUUGCGUCAGCUACACCAUUACGCGCAGAUUCAGCAGAUUCUUGUUCCUUCACCUCCAGCUCCUCCGAGAGUUUCCCCAGCUACGCCUCCCGCACAUCGAGGGAGGCGGAUGGAACAUCUUCCGCCAUCAGCUGAGCGCGGACUUCAUAGCGGAGCGGAUGAUUCACUUGCAGCACUACAUGAGCGAGCUCAUAGCGCACGAGGAGGCGAGGUUGAGCGAGUCAGUCUUCGAGUUCCUCGAGCUCAACUCAUGGCAAGUCCUCCUGGAGUUUAAGUUGCUGUAA